UCGAACCAGGAAAUCUUAUUUGCACCAGUUUCUAACGGGAAUUCCAUUCGUUUUCAUCUCAAGGUAUAAGUGUUACGAUCAAGUAAAUGCAGCAGUUCCUAACAGUCAGGUACUUUCAUCUACUUAUAAAUAACAAAACGUGCAAGUUCAGUGAACUACUAAUCUUAAGAAAAUGCAUUGAUAACAGAGGGUGCAAACCACAUACCAUAGUUGCGGAUACCAAUUAUCAACAAAUCAUACGUGCAUGAUAUCACAUGGGAAUCGUAUGUCUCAAACGUAUAAUAGACCGUUCGGUUCAGCACCAUUUCGUUCACAUGAUUGUUUCUUUGAAAAACUUUACUUUGCAAAUGAUCGUUGUUCUAGUUCACCCUGUACUGACUCAGAUAUGACGAAUGGUUACUAUUGGCUUAAUUCCAGAUCUUUAACAAGUAGUAAUUAUGGAAGUAGCAAUCCAUAUGGAUUCGUAUUUUUCCAUCCAACUCACCAAUGUUUAUUAGGCCUACAUCUACCAAAUCCACCGUUCUUAAUCGCUCUACUAGUGCAUAUACAAGAAGCACCUUGGGCAUAUCAUCUACCGAGUAGAAUUUUAUUGAAUCUAGGCAAAAUGUCACAUUAUUAUCCAACUACUUUGUUAUCCGACCGUGAUCGCAAGAUUUUAUUUGAUUGUAAACUAGACGGAGAAAGCUUCUUACAAUUAUUCACUAAUAUAAAACCAUUUAUCUAUCCAGAUUUCAUGACAUUUACACCUAAACAAAGAUGUAUUCCAUUACCAGAAUUAUUAUUUCAUAUAAAUGGAUUCUAUGCACAUUUGAAUGUAGUUAAAAGUGAAUCGGAUACGAAUACUACUACACAUAAUAAUGGUGUCGAAGACGUAAUUGUAGAGCUUCUAGUAAGUCUGAAAAAAUUAGUUAUCUAUGUGAUUUCCUAGCUGAUCACUGUAUUCGUUUUGCUUUUCCUCAUCUGUUUAGAAUAGUAUCUUCAAAUAUCUGUUUUUAAUUGGCACAUUUUGCGUGUCUUGACAAGUCAAGUCAACUCUGAUUCUUUCUUCAUCCUACGAUCCGAUCCAGCCACAUUACACACUUCCUGUCUCUGGAUUAGCUGUGCGCGAAGUAAUAAGAUAGAAUUUUGUAAUGUUAAAGGCUGAAUGGGCAUUGAAACAGGUCGUGUGUAUAUAUAUAUGAUAAUAGAUUAACGCACAUAAAGGUAUGCAAGUAAUGACCCUGCCCCCAUGAAUAAUCCACUCACAAAACGCUCUCCGACAUUUUGAUUUCUCACUCACCAUUUGUCUUUGAGGAAUCAUGUAACCUAUCUGGUCUAGUAAUAGCAUAUGGUUCCAUCAGGAUUGUCCGACAUACCGUUCUUCCAUAUACCCUACCAGUAAAAUAGUAUGACUUACUUGAUGGCAGUGAAACAUGGCCAAUAAGAGUAGAGGAUAUAUGUAGGUUACUAGUAUUUGAUCAUA